AGGGCUAUUUCUUUGCAAAGAGGGUUUUCAUUUGAGGCGAAAUUGAAAUCCCCCCUUCGCGCCUGCCUCCCGCCCUCCUGGUGGGAGAAACCCAAACAACCCUCAUGGCGCCGAAAUCUUUUCCGUGCGGACAAGCCCGCCCUGUGCGCACGAGUGGAUGCUUGCUUGGCCAGCCUUUCUUGGGAUCGACCCCGCUGUCUUGCGCAGCCCUCACCGCGUUCCCACCCCACCCCACUCCUCACAACUGGGGUUCCUGGCCAGCCUCGGAAGCCACAGAGAAAUAGGAUUCCGUGCGCCCGAGAGAACUUUUCCAGGGGCUAAGGAAUCUGCCAGCCGGAGGCCCGAGAAAAGUUCUGGGAAGGCGGUUGCGCCUAGGACGGGUGGAUGCCACGGGGCCUCCAUCCAGGCUGCCCCGUCAGGACCGGUUGACUGGUCACCUUGGAAUCUCUUUUGCAGGUGCCAGCGCCCCCCGGGAACCCGCAGCCCGUGGAGAGGGCGGGUCUCUCCCUGCAUCUGGGGCGCAGCGCAGGGCACGCCUGAGGGUGGUCGACGGGGGCUGGGCACCGCCCCCAGUCAUGCGCCGUCGGGGGUUGCGGAGGCGCUGCCCACCCCAGAGAGCCCUCGGCCUGGGGCUCCAGCGAAGCAAGUGUCUUCCCCGCGCCGGUCGCCAGGGGGGCGCGGGAGCAGCCAGAUGCGCCGCAGCGCUGGGAAGGCGAAGGACAGGGGCGAGGGGAGUAAGGGGCGCUCGGCCGGCAGCCUCAGCCCCGGCCUUCGCUGGAGAAGGGACAGCGGGGGCCGCCCGUGGGGCCCCGGGGCACGGGGAACUGUCCGUUCAGCACUGGCGCCCGCCUCGCUCGCAGCAGAGGGCGGCACAGCCGGAGCCCUGGAAAGACUGGCCGCGCGGGCAGCCACCGGCUUCUCGGCCACUGCCUCCGGGACUCACGGGAAGCCGCCCCCCGCGCCUCCGCCGCCGCACUGCCGCCGCUGCAGAGGGGCGAGGAAAUGAACUCACCGAGCUCUGGUCGCCGACAAGAGGAGCCCCAGACGCCGGCUCUCGCCCUGCCCGAGGCUGCAAAGUUGUGGGCUCGGCCCGGCUGGCUCGCAGCCUGCGCUUCGCGUCGGGAACUGGGCAGAGUCUUGGAGGAGCCUCCCUCGAGGUCAGGAAUCAAGUGGGGACACUCAGAAGCACCUUUUCCUGGGGACUGAUCAAGAGGAGGGAAGGUCCUGUGACAGCCCAGAGGCCACGUGGAGCCCAAGCCCUGAACCUCAGCUGCUGCCCCAGGGAGCCUCCCAGGAUGUCUGCCUUGCCGCUCAACCUGAGUGGAGAGGGAAGGUUAAAGAACAUGACGGUGGACGAAUGUUUCCAGUCUCGGAGCACCGUCCUCCAAGGGCAGCCCUUCGGGGGCGUCCCCACCGUGCUGUGCCUGAACCUCGCCUUGUGGCUGCUCGUCCUCCUGGUUUACUCCUUUCUCCGGAAAGCUGCAUGGGACUACGGGCGCCUGGCUCUGCUGAUACACAAUGACAGCCUGACCUCGCUGAUUUACGGGGAGCAGAGCGAGAAGACAUCUCCCUCGGAGACUUCUUUGGAGAUGGAACGCAGAGACAAAGGCUUCUGUUCCUGGUUCUUCAACAGCAUAACUAUGAAGGACGAGGAUCUGAUCAACAAGUGUGGGGACGACGCGCGCAUCUACCUCGCGUUCCAGUACCACCUCAUCAUCUUUGUGCUCAUCAUCUGCAUCCCCUCCCUGGGCAUCAUUUUGCCCAUCAACUAUACUGGAUCUGUUCUGGACUGGAGCAGUCACUUUGCUCGGACCACCAUUGUCAAUGUCUCCACAGAGAGCAAGCUCCUGUGGCUGCACAGCCUGCUGUCCUUCUUCUACUUCAUCACCAACUUCAUGUUCAUGUCGCAUCACUGCCUGGGGUUUUCGCCCAGGAACAGCCAAAAGGUCACAAGGACACUAAUGAUCACCUAUGUGCCCACGGACGUUGAAGACCCAGAAAUCAUCAUUAAGCAUUUUCACGAGGCCUAUCCGGGCAGUGUCGUGACGAGAGUCCACUUCUGCUACGACGUCAGGAACCUGAUCGACUUGGAUGAUCAGAGGCGGCAUGCCAUGCGGGGCCGGCUUUUCUACACAGCCAAGGCCAAGAAGACUGGGAAGGUGAUGAUCAGGAUCCACCCCUGUGCCCGCCUGUGCUUCUGCAGGUGCUGGACCUGCUUCAAGGAGGUGGAUGCCGAGCAGUAUUACAGUGAGCUGGAGGAACAGCUGACAGACGAGUUCAACGCUGAGCUCAACCGUGUGCCACUCAAGCGCCUGGACCUGAUCUUUGUCACCUUCCAGGACUCCAGGAUGGCCAAGCGCGUCCGUGAGGAUUACAAGUACAUCCAGUGUGGUGUACAGCCCCAGCAGUCCUCAGUGACCACCAUCGUCAAAUCCUAUUACUGGAGGGUUACUCUGGCCCCACACCCCAAAGACAUUAUUUGGAAACACCUAUCUGUCCGCCGCUUCUUUUGGUGGGCCCGAUUUAUCGCAAUCAACACCUUCCUCUUCUUCCUCUUCUUCUUCCUCACCACGCCUUCCAUCAUCAUAAACACGAUCGACAUGUACAACGUCACCCGCCCCAUCGAGAACCUGCAGAGCCCAAUUGUGACCCAGUUCUUCCCCUCCGUGUUGCUCUGGGCCUUCACAGUGAUAUUGCCUCUGAUUGUCUACUUCUCCGCCUUCCUCGAGGCCCACUGGACCAGAUCAAGUCAGAACCUGGUCAUGGUACACAAGUGCUACAUCUUUCUGGUAUUCAUGGUGGUCAUUCUGCCCUCUAUGGGACUGACCAGUUUGGAUGUCUUUCUUCGCUGGCUCUUUGACAUCUACUAUCUAGAGCAGGCCUCCAUCAGGUUCCAGUGUGUGUUCCUGCCAGACAAUGGCGCUUUUUUUGUCAACUACGUGAUCACGGCAGCUUUACUUGGCACAGGCAUGGAUCUGCUGCGUCUAGGGUCACUCUUCUGGUACAGCACCCGCCUCUUCUUCUCUAGAUCAGAGCCAGAGAGAGUCAACAUCAGAAAGAACCAGGCCAUCGACUUCCAGUUUGGGCGUGAGUACGCAUGGAUGAUGAACGUGUUCAGCGUGGUGAUGGCGUACAGCAUCACCUGCCCUAUCAUUGUGCCUUUUGGGCUGCUCUACCUGUGCAUGAAGCACCUGACGGAUCGCUAUAACAUGUACUACUCCUUCGCACCCACCAAGCUGAACGAGCAGAUCCACAUGGCCGCUGUCUCCCAGGCCAUCUUCGCACCACUCUUGGGUCUGUUCUGGAUGCUGUUCUUCUCCAUCCUGCGGCUGGGCUCUCUCCAUGCCAUCACCAUCUUUUCCAUGUCCACCCUCCUCAUUUCCAUAUCAAUUGCCUUUGUUGGCAUUUUUCUGGGAAAGCUUCGGAUGGCCACCGACUAUGAGCCCGAGGAGGAGGAGAUCCAGACAGUGUUUGACAUGGAGCCAAGCAGCACCUCCUCCACGCCCACUUCCCUCGUCAAAAUGCUGCCGUGGCCCUGGCUGAAGAGUGGGGAAAAGAGAAGAGCCACCAUGUACUCGGCAUUGUCUGGAAGCCACCCAGAGAGCACCUACUUGGUCAGGGAGGCCCAGACCUCAGCGACCUCUGUCAUGUAGAUGCAGGGGGGCCUGCUGAGGCUUGGUCUCAGGACGCAAGGCUGCCCCCGAGGGCACAGGUGCAGGCAAAGCGACGCAGACAGAGCUUCUGGGAACUAUUAGAAAUCUGCACUGAUGGUAAGGCAGGGAUGCUGAAUGAGCGAGCCAGUCUGCCUGCAGAGAGGCUGGCUCGGAGUGCAGGGCCACCAAGGCACACACUGAGCUGGGUACUGGGGUCAGCCUGUGCCCCAAGGCCAGGGCACCUCGGAGGAGUCUGAAGAAGGGUGACAGCCAGCCUGGCACUCAGUGAAAUCAUCCCAGAGGAAGGAGCUUCAAAUCGGACCCCAGGAAUGGGCAUAUGGGAUGCCAAGUGAAGUAGGGUGUGGGGCAAGAGCUUUCAAGGACGAGGAGCAGCCUGUGGAAAGCCCUGGACGAUAGACCAUAGCUUGGGGACUGAAGAUAGCUUUCAGCAUGGUGGAAACGCAGAGUGGACAGCAGGGCCCUAGGGGAGCUGAGGCUUUCUUUAGUCAUGGGCAGAGCUGGGUGUGAGCGCACAGUGACAGAGCACAGACAACACAGCAGCAGGGGGCCAGAAGUCACCGGAGGGCCAGGUUUCCUCACUUUGAAAAACCCUACAUACAGGCACAGAUUACCUCUGAGAGGGGACAGGAGAAAGUGCUUCGAUAAUGAAGAGACGACCAGGAUUUCAGAGCGAGAAAGUCUCUUUUCCUGGGACCCUUCCAAAAGGAUCCCUCUUGGAAUAUUGUUAGCAAUAAGGGUUUGAAAUCCUCUUAUGAGCCUGGCGCUUUGCUGUUUUCCCUCUUAAUCUUUUGGUAAACUCACACAGUAGGGUUUUCAUCCCCAAAUGGAGGCUCAGAAGAUCAGUCAGUGUAGACUCCAGGGCACCAAGCAAGGAAGUGUCAGGACAAAGUUCAAACCAGGUCCAUCUGAUUCUAAACCCUAUGCUUUUAAAACAUAUGACUAAGAUUUAUUUUUUAAAUCUUGCCUUAUUACAACAGGUCUGUGUGAACAUUGUGCAUCGUUACGGGGAGGGGAAAGGAUAAGCAGAAAUAAGGAAAUAAAAAGUCCAUAUUCCCACACCCAGAGAUGACCACCGAUAGUGUACAUUCCUCCAGAUAUGUAUAUGUUAUGAUCUCUUUCAGAUAAUUGUAUGUGAUUUACAUUUGCUAAAAUGAAAUAGUAGUGCACAUACCGUUUUAUGAGACCAACGCACUGCCCACGGUCCUACGAGGGCAACAACACAUACUGUUUUAUAACCUUUUUUUUUUUUUUUUUUUUUUGAGACAGUCUUGCUCUGUUGCCCAGGCUGGAGUACAGUGGCACCAUCUCAGCUCACUGCAACCUCUGUCUCCUGGUUUCAAGUGAUUCUCCUGCUCAGCCUCUUGAAUAGCUGGGAUUACAGGCACCUGCCACCACAUCUGGCUAAUUUUUGUCUUUUUAGUAGAGACAGGGUUUCACCAUGUUGGUCAGGCUGGUCUCCUGACCUCAGCUGAUCCACCCACCUCAGUCUCCCAAGGUGUUGGGAUUAUAGGUGUGAGCCACUGCGCCUGGCCUAUAACCUGCAUUUUUAGUGAACAGUGUCUUUCCACAUAUAUAAAUUUCUGAUCUCUUCGAAUAUCCAGUACAUAUUCAAAUUGCCCUAAUUGUUCCAGAAGGAUCUUUUAGAGCUUGUCCAAACCAAUAUUAAAUCUAGUACCUGUGCAUCAGGGGUUCAUGUCCCUUUUAUUUUAGCACAGUCCCUUUUAAAUGACCUGGAGAGACCAAGCCAGUAGUCCUGCAGAAUAUUCCACCUGGAUUUUUCUGGCUGUUCAUGAUGUCUUAUGACGGGUUCCAUGAUCUCCUUGUAUUCUCUGAGCAAUGGAAGUUAGAUCUGAUGGCUCGAUGGAUUCAAGCUCAACAUGGGGCUAGAGCACAUUACAGGUAGUGCUGCAGUUUACACCCAGAGAGAUGUAACAUCCCGUUAAUUCCCAGUCAUUAAUGAUGCCAGCGUGACCCUCUCAUUAGGGGAAUGGCAGAUGGAUUUUUCCAUUGUUCAGUUGACAUUUUCCCCUUUAUGACCAAAAGGCCAUCUCGAUGGUUUACUUAGGUGCCAUGCACAUGUCUAGAUUCUUUUGUAGGAAAACUGUUCCUUCCACCAGGGUCACUGGUUUCACUGAAAUAAUCUCCCACGGGAAAGGUUUAUUACAUUCCCUAAUUACCCAUUUUCAAAAUAAGGAGAUGGUUUAAGAGCCACUUCAGAGGGUGACAAUGGCUCUUUUUCCUAAUAGUUCUGUGUAUUUCUAGUCUGCUGCCCGUCCAGGCAUGGAGACCAUUCCUGGGUGUGAUAGGUUAUAUGACCAACGUCUCCACUCCCCAGGGUGUUCUGAAUGCGCCUCUGAGCUGUAUUAGAAAGUGCACUAGUUCAGAAAAGGGGGUCUCUCCAGACCCCAGCAGAGGGGAGCCUCAUGUCCCCUCCCCUGGGUGCAGCUUGACUUGGAAGCAAGAGUAAAUGAACACGUUCUAAAGGAGCAGUGGACUAGGAGUGUGGAGUCCCGCCACUAAACCAGCCCUGGGAGUGCCCAGAUGCUCAUUAUAUGGUCAAGAACAACUAAGUGGGUGAGACAGAUAGGACCCAGGCUGCUGGGGAAGAAGGUAGGCUCCAAGGUUUGGAGGAGACGGAGGUGAUGGGUUGGCUGUGAGGGGAGAGGGUGUGCCUAGGGCCUUGCUCCAGAUGUGACCUCGCUCCUAUCUCCUGUCUCUAUCCCAAGCAGCUCUAUGUGGCCACCGUGCUGCAAGAACCUGAGCUGAACCUGACCCCAGCCUCCUCCCCAGCCAGGCACACCUAUGGCACCAUGAAUAACCAGCCGGAAGAGGGAGAAGAAGAGAGUGGUCUGAGGGGCUUUGCGGGGGAGCUAGACUCGGCCCAGUUCCAGGAAGGGCUGGAACUGGAGGGCCAGAACCAGUACCACUGACUGGGACCUGAGGCCUCCACUGGCGACAUGUUGAGGGGCCAGGGGAGGGCCUGGCAGGGGGAGGCAGGAGGGUGGCCUGGACGUCCCCACUACCUCCUGCAGACUUUAAGAAGCCCCCAGUGGAGACAUCUGUCACCCCAGCCUUGGGCCACACAGAGGGGGCCCGACCUGCUGCCCAGCUGGAACUGGGAGUGCUCAGCAGUGCUGAGGGAGCCUGGAAAGGGAUGGAGGAUACAGGCAAGCCCAUGUCUUGAGAGAGGUGGCCGGAGCCCCAGCACAGAGACGGAAUGCUGGGGUCCCUUCCUGGGGCCAAGAUGGAGAUGGCGUGCCUAAGGGAGGAGGCAGAAAGAGGCCGCAAAGGCUCUCUGGGGUCAUCACCACUCUGCAUCAGCUGCCCUUCUAAGGAGCUCCUGCUGCUGCUCCUCGCCCAGCCCCGGCCCAUUCCUCCCCUGCAGUCUGAGGAGGCAAAAGUACAUGCAUGGGGCACAUUAACAGGACACGGAAGACCACCUCAUCACGGGGCUCCCUGCACAGGCAGCUGUAAAGAGUUUCUGCACCCUCCUGAGCAAGAGGCAAUGAAAAGCAUAGACCUGAGAAGAGGUAACUUCACCCUUUCCUGCUCCUCUGCCCUCUUCGAUGUCCCCAGGAGCAGCAGGGCAGAGGUGCUUCUCCUUUCUGUUCAUACAAGGGUAGCUAGAGCGUGAUCACCUGGAGCUUAUCAAAGGAGACCUGCGUGCAUUUUUCAGAAGGAAACCUUGGCUAGUCCUUGCUGGGUAACACAGGGUGGAGUGAGAUAGAGGUUGAAUUCAUGGAAGGGGGUCUUCUCCCCUAAACUCUGGGUGGUGGGAAACCAGCUAAAACUCCCCAAGCCCCAGGGUCUAAAGAGAAGACCCUCAAAGCCAAAGAUGUGGCCACUAAAAGAGUCUCCUGCCUCCUACCCAGCCGAGUGCCUGGGCCCCCAGCUUGGCUAAGAUGGGCAGUACUUUAGGGUUAGAAGCCCAUGCUUCAAACUGAGGGACUGACCAUCACUUCCUCCCUUCUUUGGGCUGCCCCUGCACCCUGCCCUGAAGACCACCCAAGCGGCUCCAAUGUGGCCCUGGUUCAGACACUGCAGAUGCUUCAAUCAUGCUGUCACCCCAGGACUGCCGGGGUUGGGGUGGAGGGAGGGCCACGUACUCCAGGAGAAGCCCUUUCUGGAGAAGCCAGGCUGCCCUCCCAGGACUGCCAGCACCUGAGACCUGGGGGAGCUGAAUUCUGAACAGUGCUGGUGACACUCAGAACUUUGCCAUUGCCGGGGAGAACCGGCCUCUGCCUCUGGGAUGGGCUGUCAUCAGGACCACCACGCAGCCCAGCCAGGGAGGACAUGAGAAGGGCCAGUGAGGGCCUCAGUGAACCAGAACAAGCCAAGCUGAAUGGAGUCUGUGUGCUCCAGGGCCCUCUUCAGCCUCCUCCCAAGGUCUGGGUCCCUGCCACCAACCUGCUGAAGGUUGGCCUCAGGCUUAUCUCACUUGAGCGCCACCACCAGGCCCAGGCACAUGGCUGCCCUGAACUCAGACCACCUAGCCCUGUUCCUACCCCACCUUUGCCCCACCCCAGCCCCAGAAGCUCGAAGCUUCACCACAGGUGAGAAACCGUGCUCAAUGGGCAGAAACUGCUAUACCCCCAGGACACGGCCCACAUUUUGGCAUGGGGGAAUCUUAGAGCUUGGGUCUGCUGGGGAGAGGCUGUCUUGCCCAUUCCUUGUCCACCUAGGAAUAAGGGGGAAAUGCUACCUAGCCUGGCCCCUACACACCCAGGCCCCACAGGACCCCUUCCCCCUGGAAUUUCACCAAACAACAAGAAGAAAGGACAUUCCCAGCAGAGUGGUCAGGCCCAGAAGGAGCUUGGCACGCAGUGGGGAGGUGGCGGUCCCACCAGAAGCUGGCCUGGGGCCUCUCCUUCACUGGGUACAGCUUUCUGGCACCUGCCUCCAGUCCCUGCAGCCCCUGCCGCACUGUGGAAGCCACAUAUGGAAAAGGUCCUGGCAGACAGUGUGGCAGGAUGGCCGGGGGCUUCUCCCUCUGAACCUGGGUCCCUUGCACCUUGGCUCUGAGAGGUGGUGAGAAUGUGGGGAGGGUUCCAGAGUCCACUCUUAGGGGAACCAGCAAAGCCCCAUGGCAAUUGGCUCCAUCCGGACCUCCCACGGUCACUGCAGGGCGGUGGGGGGGACAUCUUUUAGCCUCCCCCUGACCACAUGCAGACCCUCUCAGGCAUCUCCUUCCUCUCCCACACCCACCUUGCCCAUUGCCCCCCCCACCUAUGGCCAUCCCAUUCCUCCACUAGCCACUUCCCAGCUGCCCCACCCCACUCCAUCCACCAAAUCAUGCCCCCACACUUAAUCUUUUAGAAGGAGCUGCCACCCAGGAACCGGUACUGCCUAGAGCCUCCAGGAGGGGCCCCAGUGGCCCCGCACCCGCCUGCCUGACCCUCCGCUGCCCCUGGAAGCAAAGUGCCUGUCAGCAGCGUUGCGUCCUCUGGGGCCCCCGGUGGGGGGUGUGGGCUAACCUUGGCCGCCACCACUAAAGGAAUGUGCCAGAAUGCUGAAUCUUCUUGUUAAUGCUAUGACUGUGCCUUGAAUAAACGAGUCCUCCCAAUCUC